ACGGAGAGAGACACAUGCAGUGAGAAAGCAUAAGAUUCUGAGUUCACCUGAGAAGAGAAAAAGGGUUGAAAGAAAUCAAAGAGAGAUGGAAGCAUCAGUGGCUGAGGUAGAGAGAAUCUUAUGCUAUAGAUUCAAAAACCGGAAGCUUCUAGAAGAAGCUCUCACUCAUUCAUCCUUCACCGAAGGUGUUUCUUAUGAGCGUCUUGAGUUCAUUGGAGAUCCUAUUAUCAGUCUCGCAAUCAGUAAUUACCUUUUUCUCGCUUAUCCCAAUCUCGAUCCUGGCCGUCUGUCUAUUCUCCGUGCUGCCAACAUCAGUACCGAGAAGCUGGCACGCGUUGCCGUUCGCUACAGUCUCCACGUCUUCGUCCGCCACCACGCUCAGCCCCUCAUGGACCAGGUCGAACGUUUUGUGGAGGCAGUUUCCCUGGAGAAUCCUUCCGUUGUGUCGCACGGUGGUUCCGUUAAGGCGCCUAAGAUUCUCGCUGAUAUCGUCGAGUCGAUCGCAGGAGCUAUAUACGUUGACGUGGGAUGCGACCUGGAGAAACUCUGGAAGUAUUUUAGAAGAAUUUUGGAGCCCAUAGUGACACCUGGUGAUUUGGAGCAACAACCUCAACCAGUAUCGACACUAUUUGAAAUAUGCCAGAAAAGGGGGAAGCAUGUUGAGUUUAAACAUGUGCGAACCAAAACCGCUAGUAUAGCUAAUGUCUUUGUUGAUGGGAAGCUUAUAGCCUCUGCCUCGUCUGCACAAAAGGAUUUGGCUAAACUUGAAGCUGCCAAGAUUGCUUUGGAUAGUCUAGCAUCUCUGGUUCCUCCUCCCACCAGUAUAAAGCCUUCCAGCCGUAAUAUAGAGCUAAAUUUUUUUACCGACGAAGAUGGAAAUAUGAGUAUUGAAGCAGCUAAACAUAGACUACACGAAUAUUGUGAGAGUAGAAAAUGGUCUAAGCCUGUAUACAGUAUUGAAAAGGAUUCGGGUCCCUCCCAUGAAAGGAGAUUUAUUUGUUCUGUUCAAAUAACUAUGAAAGAAGAGGCGCGGAUCCUUCAAAUAUCUGGUUACGAAAAAUCUAGGGUGAAAGAUGCACAAAACUCUGCUGCUUCAAUGAUGCUUGUGGCCUUAUUUGAGAUGUAAUAUCAGAGAAUGAGUGGUGUUGUAAUUUUUUUUGGGGUGACUCCCAUCUCCUAUUGUAAUCUGUUAUUGUUUAAUCAUUCGCUAGCGUAGCUUCGCAUUUGAAAACGGCCUGUUUGAUGCUUAGCAAUUCGUUUGGAAAUUCAGUUUGGUCAUCUUAUUUAUAAUUGGACGUUGGCAAUAAAUCUGAAUAUUUAGUUCUGGCAAA